AGGGCAUCGUCGCUUUCGAUGUGCCAUACCUGUCGAUGCAUCCGCAUGUCGUGAUCAGCGGCAUAGCUUCUUUAUUCCCAAAGGAUGACAAGAAGCGUAAGACGGAGGCAGAGCUCAAUGACCCGGAGCAAGUUAACAUCGUAGAUCAUAAAGUCCUUGGAGAAGAUCGCCUUUCACCUAUGCCGUCCCCCUCUGGAACGUCCACACCAGACGCUUCGUCUUUAGCUUCUGCCCGGUCUCCGUCUCCUAGUCUAUCUCCCAGAUCGACGCGGACCUCUUCCCCUUUGGAACUUCUAGACAAAACCUCGUCUUUCAUAACGAAACUUGCGGACGAGCCCAUGGUCAAGUUCUUUCGGAAACACUCGGAUGAGCCAUUCAGUGCUAUGAAGAGAUGGGUCGUCGAACACUUCGAGUUCGGGCAGUGCAUGUUCGAACCCUCCGGUCUCCUUGAGCGAUACCGUGCUCUCGAAGCAUGGAACGGCUUAUGGGUUAAUUACUGGACGGAGACCGUGCCUAAGCCGGGGUCCUCGGCUUCGAUACAAGACCCAUUCGAGAAAGAAGGUACUACUCCGUCAUUAACUACGGCGGACAUGGGCAGAAUGUCUUUGGAGGAUACAGGCGGAGAUCUCGGGGCGGAUGCGUGCCCUCUUACGAAAGAAGAAGAGAAGGAGCGCUCGAAGCAGCUCAAGAAGGCCGAGAAGGAACUCAAGAAACAGCGGGACAUAGAGAAGAAAGCCCAGGAAUCGCGUCCGCCGAGACACUUCAUCGUGCUGCCCGGGAGGUUCAACGGUCACGCGCGACACAAGUGGCUCAGAGUGCCCAUUGCCGGCGCGGAAGACGAAGUGCAGGCCCACUGUGGUCUGUUCAUCAAAGACCAGAACUUGGACUAUGAGGCGUUCGUGGAUGGUGUCGGUGACCUUUUGCGAUCCUGGUGCCGACUGAUCGCUUUCUCUUGAUCGAUGGUCUGCUGUACCCCGUUCAGUCUCGCGAUCCGCCUAGCGGGAGCCGGGCUGGACCCACACUAUCGUGAUCCCGAGGUAGAGGGUCCUUGCCCUGACGCGCGUGUGCAGUGGUUCUCGCAGUGGGUCAUAUCUUGUGGAGUCGAUGGAGGACUCUUUGCUCCUGAGUGGCCGCUGUUAUGACAUCUUGAGCUGCAGUUUACAUCUGCCGUGCGUCACAUUGAUACCUGCCUUGUUGUCCAGUUAUGACUGUAUUCACGUCGACGUCCGGAUAUUUCGAGCAGGCUCUGUACAACAGGACAUUAUCAACAACAUCUGGUAUGCUAUGGGUGCCACGCAAUUCUCGGCGUUCUUGGGCGUCGGGCAUCAUCAGUACGAUCAGAUACCAUGCGCUCUAUUGUCCACCUAAUGGGGACAAGGCGUACUUCUGCACAUCGGCUCUUACCACGUGUAGGCACCAUUGCGGAGAACGAUUCACUCCCGCGAAACUAGAUGCUCAGUUGUUGCUAUCAGUUGCAGGUCAGCCUUCUCACCUUCAUGCUCCAGAACAAUGGUUAUUUCAUCAAGACUGUCUAGACCGGGUCCGUGCCAUACUCCC